AUGGCCUCACAUGCCUCUCCGCAGUACACCACUCUAGUUUGCGAUAUCGGCGACGUCCUCUUUACAUGGACACCGCCCGCCGCCUCCAAGCUCAGUCGCAAAGCGCUCUUCUCCUCCGCCGCAUGGCACGACUACGAAUGCGGCAGGAUAAACGACGGAGACGUUUUCUGCGAGGCCGUCUCGCGCGAGACGGGCCUCACCAAGGCGGACGUGGAGGGCUUCUACGCGGAGGCGCGGCCGACAUUGCAUGUCAACGAGGAGCUGCUCGCAAUUAUCCGCGAUAUCAAGGCGCGUCAGUUCCAAGUGCUGUUGAUGUCCAACAUAUCCAGCCCGGAUUUUGAGGACCUCUUGACGCGGUUCGACGACUGGGCGGUGUUCGACGGGGUGUUCAUCUCCGCCGAGGUGGGGUUAUGCAAACCCGAGAUCGGUUUUUACGAGCACGUCAUCGCGGAGUCGGGGAUUGACCCUCGUAAGUCUGUGUUCCUCGAUGAUAAAGCAAAGAAUACGGAUGCUGCAGCUUCGUUGGGAUUUAGGGACGUGGUGUACGAUGACAUGGCGCACGUUGCGCACACUCUUCGUAGUCUUUUUAGAGAUUAG